GUGGGGGGGGGGGCACUCCUCUGUUGUGUGGACCCUUACGAAACACGAGCCCCCACCCCCACGCAAUAUCCCACGCCUUGUUCUUCUUCCCUUCAUAGCCCGGCUCCUUGGCAGUGACUCGGCGUGGGAAACAACACCCGCGCUAACGCCAUCCCCGCUAGGGGCGAGCACGGGGGCGGUGUCGUGCGCGCUCCCGUGCCAGAGUGUAGCGAGCCGCACACAGAAGAGCUUCUCUAGGCUGGCAGGAGUUCCUCUGCGUUUCUUUUUGUCAUAUUCAUUCAAAUUUCGCACGUCUACCUCAGCGGAUAGUCGUGUGCAAUCCCGGUGUCGAUGCAGUGCCAUGCCGACAACAUGCUGGCGGAUGCCGCGGAGCUGCUCCCUUCGGCGGCUUAGACUAGCGCAGGACCGGCCGCAGCAGGCAGCGUGCGCUUGCAGAACGACGGCAUCAUGGAGACUGGCGGCAUCGUUGCCGCGGUGAUCGAGGAUGUCAGCUCACGGCCCCGGAGGGACCCGGGAAGUAGUCACAUCCUUGAGAGAGACAUGGCACCAUUCAGUCAGCCGAACAAAGACCAAGUCUUACCUCCAGCUAGCAGCAGCAGUCCCAUAGACGAGAGACAACCACAGGACAUAAAGGCGCGGAGUGAUGACAUUGUGGCCGAGCCCCUCUUGCGCUCCUGCGUCAGCACGGCAAGCAUGAAGGUCAAGAACAUGAAGAAGCUAACCUUUCCCAGAGGUCAUUUUCCCCGUCUGGCAGAGUGCGCACACUUCCACUACGAGACUGCCGACUUUGGGAACGUUGAGUUGGCCUUUGCAGAAGGGCAGAGUGAAGGACCAAAGUGGGGGGCCCAGGACUCCAAAGAACUGCUCUUUCUGGUCCAGAUCACCUGCCAGGCUCGAAACUGGCUGGUGAAGAGAUCCUACGAAGACUUCCGUGUGCUGGACAAACAUCUGCACUUGUGCAUUUAUGACCGCCGCUACUCGCAACUCACCGAGCUGCCCAAAUACAACUCGGCGAAGGACACCGCCGAGUCCGUAAACGAGAUGUUGGCCACCUACUUGUCCCGCUUCUCCAUCAUCGCUGACAACAAGAUCAACUGUGCUCCGGUCCUGACAUGGAUGGAGAUUGACAACAAGGGGAACCAUCUGCUGGUGUCUGAGGAGGCGUCCAUCAACGUCCCCGCUAUUGCUGCCGCCCACGUUGUCAAACGUUACACAGCUCAGGCCACCGAUGAAUUGACCUUUGAGGUGGGGGACAUUGUUUCCGUCAUCGACAUGCCUCCCAAAGAGGACACAGGCUGGUGGAGAGGGAAACACGGCUUUCAGGUUGGUUUCUUCCCGAGCGACUGCGUCGAGCUGAUCAACGACAAGCUCCCUCCCAGUGUUCAAAGCUCGGUUCCCAAACCAGUGUGUAAGAAGCACGGCAAGCUGGUGACCUUCCUGAGGUCUUUCAUGAAGUCACGGCCACCGCCGCAGAAGCUUCGUCAGCGCGGCAUCCUCAGGGAGCGAGUGUUUGGCUGCGACCUGGGCGAACACCUCCACAGCUCGGAACACGAAGUCCCUCAGGUUGUAAAGAGCUGUGCCGAGUUCAUCGAGAAACACGGCGUGGUGGACGGAAUCUAUAGGCUGUCUGGAAUCUCCUCCAACAUCCAGAAACUCAGGCACGAGUUCGACUCCGAGCAGAUUCCCGACCUGAGCCGAGAUGUCUUUCGACAGGACAUCCAUUCGGUGGGCUCACUUUGCAAGCUGUACUUCCGAGAGCUUCCCAAUCCUCUGCUCACCUACCAGCUGUAUGACAGAUUUUCAGAGGCUGUGUCUGCAGCCACAGAUGAGGAGAGGCUGGUUAAAAUUCACAACGUCAUCCAGCAGCUCCCUCCUCCACAUUACAGGACGCUAGAGUACCUUAUGAGACACUUGUCCCGUCUGGCCACCUUUAGUACUUGCACCAACAUGCACACAAAGAACUUGGCCAUCGUGUGGGCACCAAACCUGCUCAGGUCCAGACAGAUCGAGUCGGCCUGCUUCAGCGGCACGGCGGCCUUCAUGGAGGUGCGCAUCCAGUCUGUGGUGGUGGAGUUCAUCCUCAACAACACCGAGGCACUCUUUAGCACCAAACUCAACGCUGUCAUUCGGGAAAGCGCCGGCAACAACACCUUAUCCAGACCCAAGUCUCUCCUGGUGUGCUCCCCGUCCACCAAGUUGUUGUCUCUGGAGGAGGCUCAAGCACGCACUCAGGCUCAGCUCAGCUCCCCAGCCACCACGCCCUGCUUGAGCCACAGUGACUACAUCGAGGUCGGGGAGGGGCCCGGGGCUCUGAUGGGCAAGUUCCACACAGUCAUUGAGCUCCCGCUGGAAAGUGUCAAGCGGGCUCCGAGCAAAGCCAAGAAGUCUCCUGUGGGCAACUGGUUGUCCUUCUUCCACCUGGGCAAAUCCCACUCCGUGUCCAAGCGUAAACUGAAGCGACACCCCAGCGAGCCCAAUGAGAUAAAGAGCAUCACACUGCCAGGUGGGCUCAGUGGGAGAGGUGAUAGCGGUACAUUGCGCUCGGCAAAAAGUGAAGAAUCGCUCACCUCGCUGCACAAUUUGGAAGGAGAGCCUCCAAAGUACCAGCAUGUCCGCCCCCUCUCCACUAGCGAGGCUGUGACCUCAUACGGCAGAGACGACUCGUUCAGAACCAGAAGCAAACCUCUGUUCGGUCAGAACGGUGCCGAAGAACUUUCACCCCCACUGCCGGAGGACGACAUUGACCUCUACCCGCCCGUUGCCGGAAUGUCCUCCCUGGAUUUUGAUCCCAUGUCCUUCCAGUGCAGCCUGGCCUCUGCGACUCCUCGGGCACCACGCCACAGGGAAGGGCACAAAUUGAGGAGGGGCGAGUCAGAUGCCGCCACUUCUCCGAGCAAUGUCGAAAGCCCUGCGCAGUUUAGAAAAGCGGAGACGCGUGAAGCUCGGACGGCAGACGGGAAAGAGCCCCGAGCGCCUUACCGACAUUGCAGCCCACGCAGUUUAGGGGGCCAAGCGUCGGCACAAACGGACUCCGCACAGACCCUGCCAGAUCCAGACGAUUCUUCACACCUCUUCUCAACUGAGCCAUGGAGUAGUUUGAGAGCAGAUAGACUUAUGAGUUCAGUGUCUAUUCUCCCUCCUCACCCUUCCCCGACGAGCGCCGCACGCAAGCUGGCGCUGGCGCUGGCCGAGUCGGCGCAAAAGGCCAGCGGCGGCUCGCAGAGAGGAAGAAACCCCCCGGCUCGCCCUCUCCAAAGACGGGAAGCUCAGGACAGACCCGCUCGGCCCUCGGCCCUCGAUCUCAAGCCGUGCCCGCGAGCCAACGCCGGCUCCCCCCAGUGGCAAACGCCGCUGCGCCUCCUCUACUCGCAGGCAGCGGACGGACCAGAGAGUAACUUCACGCCCAACGUCAGCCCGCUCGGCUCGGGCAGCCUGGACUCCCCGCGCGGCGACGUCACGCCGGAGGAACCCACUUAUCAAAGUGUGGGCGUCUCAACUCCCACCGAGCACAUCUGCUCUCCCCGCAGCCCCUCGACUUCCCCGGUGUACGCCAACACCGACUCCAUCAACAUCUUUAACUUCCGCGCCGUUCUCGCCGAGACCUCCGUGCCAGCCUCCAUCGACGAGGUCCUCCCGCGCCCUUUCCAGUCUCCGUCAUUCCGCCACUACGCCUACAGAGCGCUCGGCCCCUUCGACGACGUCUAUCGCAAUACGCGCCAUCAGCCACCGCGUCAGAUUCACUGCGGACGACUAGCUCGCUGCCCUCAACCCGACGCUCUGCCCCGUCACCUCUCGGGCCCGAGACGUGUGUACAGGCAGUCCUCAGGAAACCGCUGCACUCCCUCUGAGUCAGGACCAGCCCUGUCACCUCAAUACCGACGCUUCUACCGAGGCGAGCACUUUAUGGGACCCGGCCAGCGACAACAAGGCCACUGGCAGAGGUGCGAAGACGGCCCCGCCCGGCACCCCGCCAUCAGGAGGGCGCGCUCCUUCCACGCCCCGCAGACUAGUCGCUACGAGAUGGCAGCUACUGAAGUCCCGCCCCCUGACCUUUAUCCUGAGCAGCAGGUGGCUUAUCAGAGGCUGCUUCAGCGCCACUUUGAGGACCUUCAUGUACAACAAAUGAUGUAUAACCCGUACCCGGACUUGAACCCUCGCGACUGCUCCCGAUAUCCUUUAGAACCUUUCCAACGUGACAGUAUCCGCCACGGUCAGCCUUACAGGACCCGCUCCACCAAGGAAAGGGCGCCGCCUGAGUUCUACUACUCCCCACGGUACAGCCGCCCUCUGGAGAGGGAGCUGUUCAUGGACAGCGAGGACAUGGUUGAGAAUAAAAACACCUCUCCCUACGACAGUCCAGUUUCGCCGGCUGGCUCGACGGGAAGGGAGAUAAUGCACAUAAGGAGUAAGUCGGAUCCAGGAAACGGGAUGCUGUCGGCCGGUAGACGGGAAAGCCAAAGCGCCGACAAAGCCUUGUCGCCCACGGCUCACCAGCCGCGUCGCGUCCUCGUGAACGAGAACGCCUCGCAGCAGCAGCAAGCACCGCUUCGUAAGAUACCCUCACUGCCCGAGAAGGGCUUUGCCGAACUGGGCGACAGAAGCCAAGCGGACCCUUUCAAGAAAGCUCGAGCUGGCAUCCUCAGGAGGCCCGAGCGCUCGCAGAGCACCCGAGAGAAUCGCCACCAACAUCAUCAGCGCCUCGUCAACACGCCCGUGGACGACCAACAUGCCGGAUCUUUUUCCUCUCACCCCAACAGAAGGACUCGGAGCACUAAAGUGCGGCCCGCACAGUCCGACCACAUGGCGGGGGGAUUUUCCGCAUUUCCCAGGCCUAAACACACAAGAUCCACUAAAGCCGGGCCAGGGUACUCGCCGGCCCCAGACGCCACCGCCAUAUCCUCCUCUUCCGCCGCCUCUCCCUACGGGAACAGGCUGCUGUCCAAGGCUCUGGCUCAGGAAGCUUUUUAUCAGUCUGCAGUCAGGACACAUGCCGGCGUCCAUGAGUGAUUGCUUUUUAUGUCAAUGCAUAGCGCCGCCAAAGGAGAAGAGCACUUUAUCCUCUGCCAGACCAUCAAACUGUUUUUUUUUAAACCUUUCAUUGAACCUGCUGCUAGUGUCACCUUCGCCAAUGAAUCUUUCAUUUUGAGCAGGGCUGUGGAACCAAGUAUGGCCCAGACAUGACCAGUCAAACAAUCCUACAAUACAAAGAAAUCAAACAUUGAUAUCCGCUCUUAUUUGUCACUAAUAACACAAAUUUGCAUCUUCCAAUCGAUCAUAAAACGGUUUUCGAAAAACUGUCUGAAAUAUAAUUUUUGUUUCAGCUAGCACAUAUCUAAAAUAGUCCAUAAAAAACACAUAUUCCCAACAUCAAUUUUUAUUUUUAAUUAAGUUAUUUUAAACUACUUUAACCUUAAUUAGACAUCAAAUACGAAUCAUAUUUUGGUGAUUUGUGUCUGCAUGUAUGAUAUGAAAGAAACUGGGGCUACAAUUAACUGAAUAAUUUGAUGACAGAAAAGGCUAAAGCAAAGUCUCUGCCUUGAAACUUUGCAGGGAUCUUUAAAAAAAAAUGUUUUUAGCUCGUUCAAUAUUGUAUGAUCGGUUAUGAGAAUUAAUUGUACUGCCCGCAAGUGGUCUAGGCACCGGUGAUGAGGUGUUUUAAAAAAUAUAUAUAAUUUUUUUAACUAAGAAAACGCGUAAUAACAUUCAUACGCAAGCCGCUGAUGACCGCAACUUACUUGCAAUUGGUUGAAUUUGAAUCAGUUGAAGCCCAGUUUGCAGCCGGCCAUCUUGACUUCAUUUGUUGAUGCCCAACGUCAUCAUCAUCAGGCCAGGUUGCAGCUUUGAAAGCCACACACACUCAGUCAUAGAUGUUACAUUAGAACGUAAAAAUGGCAACCCCAGGUUUAAAAAAAAAAAAAAAAAAAAAAAAUGCAUUUCACAUGCACGUUCUUAUUUUUAGCAACUGAUGGGAUGAUCAGUAGUAUACUCAAUUUGAUCGCUGCAACAAUUUCCUUCUUACAUAAUGCAAUACAUCUUUAUUCAUAUAGCGCUUUCACAAUAGCAGCAGCUGUCACAAAGCAUCACAACAUUAUGUGAUAUUAAGUAAGAGGCAUGCUUUGAAUGCGGAGGAGUCCAGCCAUCUUGAGGACAAAUUAAAUAACAGAAUAGUUGAAAUUGAAGCGUUAACUGAAGGGAUUGUAUUUGCUUAUGUUUUGAUAAAUGUGUGUUGAAUUUUCUUUUUUUUGGGGGGGGGGGGGCGUGAAAAGAAUCAUCUGGAUAAAUUGAAUGGUCCGUGUUGGGACAACUGGUUGCCCAUCUCUGCUUUAGGGCAUUUCAAUUCAGAAGACAUCACGUCAUGUUUUAGUUGCAUACAACCCAAGGGACGACAAGGUAAACUUUGAUUAUUUGGAUCUCAAAAUGACCUUCAGAUUGUGUAUAGAAAAUGUCUUUUUUUUUUAAGUGUAGUGCUAGAUGUUUUGUACAAUGACACGCAGCUAACUAAAAACAUGGCCAAUGUACUGUACUUGUCUCACUGCAGUCAGCUCAGACUGAAAAGCACUUUGUAUGAAGAAAACACAUUGUCUGAAUUUUGGGCUUUGGUGUGACGUCGCCUUCAAACUUCUCGAUAGAAACAUCCGCUAUAUUUUUCUGCGUGAAAUCACAAAUGCUUGCUCGCUUGCUCUGAAUCGUGCCGUAAUGCAAAUGAGCACUUUUUUUUUUCAAAACGGGAAUCAGCCUCAUUGCAAUCGCCGACUUCUGUGAUAUUUACCGCCCUCGUGUAUACACAAUCCGCUCUCUCCCUGCGAUUGACGCAGCUCGCCCUCUGAGAAAAGUCUAUUUUUGUCUAAUGCUGUUUGUCACACAAAUGGUGGAACUGUGACAUAACUGAUUAUUCUCUAUGUUUUACUCUUAAGUUAUGUAGAGGAGUUUAUUCUAAUAAGACAUGUUCAUUUCUAGUGCUUGUCUUCAAAGAGAGAAUAAAUAUAUUAUCAUGCAUUACAAA